AGCACCUAAUACUCGACAACAUGAUGCCCGGAAUGCAAGGGCUGCCGCGGGGGCAAGUAGCAAGAUGGUUACUCCACUGAAGAUUCAUUCGGUUUUGCCAACAACUAAUACUCAAAAACCAGAUGCCCUGAAUGCACGUUCUGCCACGGCGAUGAGUACGAAUCGCAUUACUCCACUGGCAUCACGAAAUGCCGGGGACAAUAGCAAGACGGUUACUCCAAUGAAUAUUCAUUUGGCUUCGCCAACACCUAAUACUCGACAACAGGAUGCCCUGAAUGCACGGGCUGCAACGGCUAGUGGUAUGCCUGCGAGUGGAAGGAAACUAUCCACAACAGAGAAGGAGAAACAAAGCCCGGCAUCUUCUACUGAUCAACCUAGACGUCAUGCCCCAUCAUCAUCAGCGAGCAAUAGGAAUGGGCAGUCAUCAACAAGCAGCAGUCAAAGGGGGCAUGCGGAGUGUCAUGGUGCCGGAAAACCGAAGUCUGCAGGAACAAAAUACAAGUGAACUCUAUAGUAUCUUGCUUAUGGAUGGCAAACUAUGAUGCGUGUAGCAGUUCAAUCGUCCGAUCUUCAUUGUACUCUCUGAUAAAUUGGUUGUAAUUUAGUCGCUACGUAAGUGGAACCAAGAGAAAUAUAUGAAUCUGUUACAUGUAGCGGUUUGUAAUUGCCUCUCAACAGAUUUGCACAAUGCGCCUAGUCCAUAUUUAUGUUUUGUGUAUUGAGUUCACAUAUAUUGUAUUUGGGAUUUGGGGUUGCACUAAUAAGUAUUUGAGAUUGUGUAACUCGCAAACAUUGUACAUUUAUCUUAAAGUAUUUUACCAUGUAUGUUAAGGAAUGAAAGGUGUUCUGCCA